UCUGCCUCAGGUAUGAUGUUUCAAGUGUUGCAAGAUGCCGAGGUGUUGCUCAUUGAUAAUGAUCUUCUGCCUCAGUUAAAACCAAGAAUCCCAAUUUCUCGCAUGGUUAGUAAAAGCUUCAGUCAACUCAUGGCAGAAUACGUACUUGGAUCGAUCAUUUGCCAUGAACGAAGCUGGAUGACUAGUAGACAAAAUCAGCUGAAAAGUGAAUGGAAUAAAGCUGCAGUAAUGAAAUAUCGCAGCCUUCAGGAUCUGACAGUGGGCGUUCUAGGAAUGGGAAUCAUUGGAAGAGAAGUGGCAAAAUAUUUGAGAACCUUCAAUUCUACUGUCCACGCUUAUACCCGCACUGCACCUCCAGUGGAAAGCAAGUCAAUUCAUGUGGACAAAUACUGUGUAUUUUGACUCCUCAUACGGCUGCAGUGGUUGUUUUUCGUCCUGAAGAUAUUGCUGAUGCAUUUUCAAGGAACUACCAAGACUUUUUACAAGGCAACUCGAUAAGUGGAACAAUAGACUUCAGUAGAGGCUAUUAACUUGGUAAGCAGAAUUUCAGAAUGAACAUAAAGAGAGAAAAAAAAUAGUUUGUAAUUUUUCGACCUCAGGCUUAAAUCCUCUUUCUUCUCAUUAUUAGAAUCCAAAGAUUCUUUAUUAACUGUAUUCUACAAAAGAGGACCUUAGACGGAGGUCGAAAAAGACAGAAAGUUUCCCAGUUUUUACCAUCAUGUGAGUUGUUUCCUGAUGAUGUGUGUGUAAACACCAACUUUCCAUAAACUGUAGCACAGAAUUCUUCAUAUAUACACUUUGUGUAAGUAACAUUGAAGUGAUCAGGAGAUUUAGGAUGUAUAAAAAUAUGUACUUUCCUCCCCAUUCAAAACUCAUACAUUAAAAUGCUAUAUAUUAAAAAAAAACUGGAUGUUAUGUGUAUUACAACACCAAAAAAAAAUUGAAAGAAAUUUAAGAAUUUAUGAUUAUGAUUUGUCGCAAAAUUAUGUUAGACAAGAUAAGAGAUUCGUUGAAAGGAUGUGUUUGUGUGUUAGGGAAUUCUUCAGAAAUAUUUAACAUGUUUUUGUUCUCAGUAAAAUGUUAAACACCAUCUACAACUCCAGCUGCUUUUGAUCGUUACAAAGCAACACAUUUUAGGAUUUAAAAGGUUGCCAGUGAACAAUGCAGAAUAAACUUUAAGAAAUACUUUUACUAAGACAAGUCCUAGAGCUGGAUAGUACUGUGUCUUCACUCUGAAAGAUGAGACAGAAUGUUGCAGAACGGAGAGUCACUGGAAAUAUGAAGUCAGCACACUACAUGCAAGGCAGCAGUAGAAUGUUUGAUGUUAACUUCUUAGAACCAGUGUUCCUGGUGAAUAAUAGCUGAUUAAGGUUACCCAGGUCGUCUCCCACCCAGAGGCUGGAGACGACCUGAGUGCUGAUUAAGGUUACCCAGGUCGUCUCCCACCCAGAGGCUGGAGACGACCUGAGUGCUGAUUAAGGUUACCCAGGUCGUCUCCCACCCAGAGGCUGUAGACGACCUGAGUGUUAAUAUGUAUCAUCUACUUCAAAUCUCGUAAGAGCACUUAUUAUGUUGUCUUAUUGUAGACUGUGUACCUUUUAUACAUAUGUAAAUGUAUAUGUAUAUUUACAACAUAAAUACUAUAGCAUUAGAACUGGACAAGUCUAAUCCUCUGUUUAUUCAUGUGAUAGAUUUUAACCAUCCAAUUCAUCUUCAAAAAGCCGAGAAAGUUGCAUCAGCCAGAUCUAUGGCUAAGAGAAAUAUAGAUGAAUCAAGCUUCGUGAAAGUAGUUUUGAUUUUAAUAUGAAUAUUGAUUUACAGUAAUACAAAUAAGAUUUGUUAAUAAUUAAUAAAAUUUGGGAAGAAUUUAA